AUGAAGCCGGUUGACAUCGUCAAGCGCGCGGAAUCAGCCAGGGCUCAAGCAGCGAAGAGUACUCCAAGCCUGGCUCUCGCGGGGCACGCGUUCAUCGCCGCACGUCAACUACCCUCAGGAGACAUUAGUCUCCGCGCCCAGAACGCUGCCUCCGCCGAGAUCUUGCGACAACACGCAGAGGGUUGGGUUGGCGCCUUUGGAGCCAAUGCGUGGGUGCGUGUUCCCACAUGGGGGGUAGUCGUCGAUGGAGUUCCGGCUCGCUCCAUGGAUCUUGACAAGGGGAACGAAGACCUCAAGCUGCGGAUAGCGGCCCAGAACCACAACAUCUGGGGGAGAGGGGUCAAGAUCGUAUAG